UUAGAUUACACGGCUGUAGCCAGGUAUCAUCCAUCACGAGACCGAUAGAAUCCUCUCUCUGUGCGCGUCCACUUCGCCAAGUGCACGAUAAUUAAAAUCCAACGGCCAUGAUCGCACCGUCACCUUCGUCCUCGAUCGAAACCGCGUUCCUCUUUUUUUUCUUUUAGGGAACUCACAUGUCCAAUAAAUAAUAUUAAUCUCCGUUCAUUUGCCAGCUCCGGCAGAGGCGAGUGGGAGGGAGGGUAUUUCGGCCUGAUUUGGUCGCGACUGCGGGUGUUCGUGCCUUCCUCGCUUCGCCGCCUUCUUCGCCGCAGUCAUCCUCCUCACUACCAUUUCUCUCUCCCGUCCCUCUUCUUCCUUGGAUUCCAGAGAUCGGAGGAGGCGGAAAACCCUUGAAAGAUUUCAUUUUUUGGGCUGGAGAUGGAAUUGAGUCGAAGCGUCUCCUUGAGGGCGGCUCUGUUCGUGUUUUCGGUGGGAUUGGCAGCUGCUUCUACCUUCGUCUCAGAUGAUGUGUUCCAGUAUCAUGGAUCUACGGGUCGGAGAUUGCUGCAGGCGAAAAAGAGUUGCCCUGUGAGCUUUGAGUUCUUGAAUUACACAAUCAUCACGAGCAAGUGCAAGGGGCCUCAGUAUUCUGCUAAGCUUUGUUGUUCUGCUUUAACUGAAUUUGCAUGCCCUUAUGCUGAUGAACUGAACGAUGUCUCCAAUGAUUGUGCAUCAAUCAUGUUCAGUUACAUUAAUCUCUAUGGCAAAUACCCCCCAGGCCUGUUUGCCGGUGAGUGCAAAGGAGGCAAACAAGGGCUUGCAUGCCCUCCUAGCUCUUCAAAGUCACAAGAUGACAAUGCAAAUGCUGGCCGUGUGAAUCGGAGCCUCACCUUUCCAGUUGUCUUUGUGUCUGGAAUGGUUCUUGCAUUCCUGUUCUCUUGAAGUUGGAAGCUGUAUGUUUGUGGAAGCUGCAUUGUUGCAGUUUGUCAUUUGAAUGGAGGAUCUGUUCUAGGAGUUCAGGCCAAUUAAUUCCGAGGUGAUGUCAAGGGCAUUGGUUUUGGAGAUAUGUAUUAUUUUUCUUACGCGACCAUUCGUAAGUCUGCUAAUGUUUUCCUUUUCUUGCUGGCAUACUUGCAAAAUGUAAUUCUAACUUACAUGUUUGGCACCAGAGAUGGUAUAUUGCUUCAAACUUGUGAAUGUGGUAUUGAUGUGUUUUUUUU